UUGAUAUCUCUUGUUUAUAGUUAAUUUAAAGUUCGAAAUUAUGUAGGUCGUAGAUCAUGCAGCGCCACAGAUGAUGCCCGCGGAACGCACGCAAAGUAUACGAGCUCGGUCAACUAGCGCAUGCGAUUUGAAUGGUAUAUUCGAAAAAAAGAGGGUGAAAAGGGGAUGCAUGCAUGCGUUUGUGAAUCGUAUUGAUUUUCCGUUUCCAAGUAACGCAUUCUCCGGGGGUGGUUUGACCUAGGGAUACACCUAGCUCAACUCGUCUGGGGUUGCACACACUGUUGCAAGUCUGGUAUCGUCGACUUGCAUUGUGUAAACAUGGUCGUCGUCCUGAUUUAACUGCGCAACUCGUACGCAAAUCACAGUCCUGUGAUUUAUGUAAACACUGGGCAACAGUCGGUUGUUGGUCGUGGAGCGCUAGGGACGUAUAGGGACAUUGGUGCAGUGAAAAAACCUAUUGCAGGCCAUUGCAGACCUACAAAUCAAUAUGAGCGAUAACGCUUCUGCAGCAGUACCCAUGCCAGAGAUAGGUGCAGGCGAUAGCAAUGUUCCAAGGGAGACUCUGCGAGACUUCAAGAAGCGAAUGAAGCAGAACUCUCCAGAAACAAAUAUGGAGUUGGAGAACUGUCUAGUGGAUGACUAUGAGGUCUCAACUUCAUGUGAUGGGAUGGUACGGAAACCAACAGGGGUUAUAUACAAUAAUGACAUGUUGAGACACAAAUGUGUUUGGGAUUCUCGAUACCCAGAGAAUCCUGACAGAUAUUCAGCAAUCAUCCAACGUAUAAGGGAACAGGGUUUAUUUGAUGAAUGCAAGCUCAUUGAUGUUCUGAGGAAAUUUGAUAAGCAAUUACCAGCAACUGUUAUUGCCCAGCUGGAAAAGCUUAAGAACAUAUGUGAAAAAUUCCAUCCACUGGAAACAGAAAAGGUGGCCUCUAAAUAUGAUGCCAUCUAUUUUAAUGAGCAUACAUAUGACAGUACACUAACUGCGUUGUAUUCGACUUUAUCGUUGGUCAAAAAUAUUGCUGAGGGAGUUAUCCAAAAUGGUUUGGCUAUAGUUAGACCCCCAGGUCAUCACGCUCAAAAGGAUAACUUUAAUGGUUAUUGCUUCAUCAACAAUGUGGGUUGUGCAGCUCAUUACCUUUUGGAGACACAGAAAUUGAAGAAGAUAAUGAUAAUUGAUUUUGAUGUUCACCAUGGACAAGGAACCCAACAGAUGUUUUACAAGGAUAAUAGGGUUCUUUACUUCUCAAUCCAUCGUUAUGAGAAUGGGUUGUUUUGGCCCAAUUUGCGUGAAUCUUCAUUUGACUAUAUCGGCGAAGGACCUGGUGUUGGUUACAACAUAAAUGUCCCCUUGAAUGCUACAGGUCUAGGCGAUGCAGAUUAUAUGGCAGUUCUAACUCAUAUUUUAUUGCCCAUAGCCUAUGAAUUUAAUCCAGAAUUCGUCUUAGUCUCCGCUGGUUAUGACUGUUUACUAGGCGAUGAAAAGGGAGAGAUGUGCGUUUCACCUGGAUUUUAUGGUCACAUGAUUAAGCUUUUAUCUGGAGUAGCAGAAGGCAAGUUGGCAGUUAUUUUAGAAGGUGGAUAUUUCUUGCCUUCUUUGGCUGAAGGUGUAUCAAUGACACUCAGAGCUUUACUGGAUGAUAGACCAGCAGUUCUGCCUCCUCUCGGACAAGCUCACAAAGAAGUCCGUCAAAUGAUAAACAACAUAAAAUGCGUUCUACACGAGUUUUGGGGUUGCUUCAAAGUCUACAACCGAUACGAUUUGGAGGACUCCGGCAUGAAGGACAUUAUCCAUCAUGUUGUUAUUAAAUAUUUCGGAAAGGAGUUCACUCCUCCUUUCGAAACUCGCAAUUGCUAUCCCGUGAUGUCAGCUGCCGUCUAUGAAAAGUGCUCCAAUUUUAUUGAAGAUUUGAAACAAUAUUACGGAGAAUUUAAACGUAACAAGGUUUGUUACGGUUACGAUGAUGACAUGGGUUUGCAUAUGGAUGAGAGUAAUGCUAUUGAAACACCAGCAAGACUUCAAGCCGUGUAUGAGAGAUUCAAGGAAUUAGAACUGGACAAGCGAUGUGUGAAAAUUGAUAUACCAGAGUUGAGUGGCGAAGAGUGGGCUAAGAAGACGCAUAUCACUUCGUACGUUACUCAAUUGACCGUGGAGGGUUAUGUCCCAACGGCGCAAAGCAACGACAUGUAUUGGAAUCCAAAGGGAAGCAAGAUCAGCAUACUUAAAGCUGUCAACACUGUGUUAUCCGUAACAGAUGCUGUCCUAUCCGGCAAUUUUGCUUCUGGUGUAGCUAUUGUACGUCCACCAGGUCAUCACGCAGAACCAAGUAAGUCCCUUGGUUUCUGCUAUCUCAACAAUGUAGCUGUUGCUGCACGUUAUGCUCUUGAUACAUUUAAUCUGGAAAAAAUAUUGAUCGUGGACUUCGAUAUUCAUCAUGGCAACGGCACACAAAAAAUAUUUUAUGACACGGAAAGAGUGCUGUACCUUAGCAUUCAUAAGUACGAGCAAGGGACAUACUUUCCUUCGACACAGGACGGAUCCAGCACCAAAACUGGUAGAGGACUCGGAACAGGAUACAACGUCAAUGUUCCGUUCAAUUCGUCUCGUGCACAGGAAAAGAUGGGCGACACAGAGUAUUUGAAUGCGUUCUGCAGGAUCGUUCUACCGAUUGCUUACCAAUACGCCCCUGAACUAGUCAUCGUCUCAGCAGGAUUUGAUGCGGGCGUCAAUGAUCUUCUGGGAAACUACAGGGUACAUCCGGAAACAUUCGGUCACAUGAUUCAACUGUUGCGUUCAUUGGCAGGAGGCCGCUUGAUCGUUUCCAUGGAAGGUGGGUAUAACACCACAACGCUGAAACAUUCCAUGAACUUCUGCGUGAAGGCAUUACUGGGUGAUCCUUUGCCGCGGCUCAAGAUUGAAAUGCCCAAGUUGCACGCUUAUAAAGCAUUUGAAGAGGUUAUUGAUAUACAAAAAGAAUUUUGGUCGAUUUUAAAUGUUGACAAGCACUUGCCUGACAGACUGUCCGGUUUGGCUCUUAAGGAAGAAGAUGUUGAGGUAUUGAUUAGCAGAUAUGGCCGUAAACCAUCCAAUGAGGUUAAUGUUUCUGAGAGCGUCGCUAGUGAAGUCAGUAGCAUGCUCAAGAACAUCAGCCUCAUGCAUGAUUAAUACAAGCUUGGACUACGGUCAUUUUUAAUUGCGUGGGGCCAAACCAUUCCGAACCGUAGUUAUUACAAAAAGCAAGUCUAAAUAUAAUUAUCUACCUUGUUCCUGAGAGGAAUCAUAAUGGGCAAGUACAGUCUAACAGAUUUUGGAGAUUUACAGAUUGUGAAUAUCGUGCAAUAUCAUAAACUAACCCGUGGAUGGAUUCGUAUGAUAUAGCUUUUGUAGGUGAAACCGUACUUCAAUUUUAGAAAUAAGAAAAUGCAAAUGCGUUCAUUUGUGUUGUACUGAUAAAGUACUUUCAUUCGAUUGCUAUAUCAGCAAAUUUCUAUCGAUGGGUUGGAUUUUUGACAUUAAUGAAUGUGCAUUUAAGCAUUCCAUUGCUUUACAUUUUUCUCCUCGAGAGAAUUAUGAACAAAAAGAACAUUGGUAAUUUAUGUGUGUCAAGGAUAAAAAUAGUAGUGCUUAUAUAAUUACAGUUAUAUACAUGUUAAAAGAGAUGUUACCUACUAAGUAAAUGUAUUUGAAACCAAAAAAAGAAGAAAGAAAAGAACAAAUUCUGUAGUGCGAAGCACGAAGCAUUCAUGUUAGUAAUUAAGUCAGUGUUCGAUGUUAUUUAAAAAAAAACUAAAAACUAGACUUCUUUUAUGUUCGCUUAUACUCAUCAUCAGUUCAUGCAGUCUAAAUUUAAAGUCUGUUUCGAUCAGUUUAUAGGGGCUGAACUGAUUUUUCUGUACUUGUGCAUUGUAUGACUUACUUACACUAAAUAUUUUUUAUAUCUAUAUAUAUACGUUUAAAUAUAAAUAUAUUUAUGAUUAUACUCAUUGACAGUUUGCGAACUGUAUCAUCAUGAUUUGACUACUAACUGAUUUGACUUUCACUAAGUUUCAGUAAAUGUUGGUUUGUAGUACAGUACAGUUCGCAUACUAUCGAUUACGCAUACGUACUAAUCGCGGUAAUUUAUAAUAAAUAAAUGUAUACUAAAUGUACUGUGAUUCGUCGGAGAGAUGAGAUAUUUAAGAUUGAAUGGAUUUUAUUGCCAAUCGAGACGGUUUGUCUUCUUCCGAGUAUAUUUUGAUCGAUUGGUAUUGUAAACAAAAUUGACCAAAAGAAUUUGACGAAUUAGAGAUUUCUUAAUCAUAAAAUAUAUUAUUAUUAAUAAUAAUAAAGAUUAAAAAAAAAUGGAAAAAUAUUUAUGAAAAAAAAGAAUUUGCUCUGGAGGAACUGAACUAAAUUUUAAUAUUUACAAAAGAAAAAGGUUUUAUGCAGACUGUUACGAAUGGGAGAGUCACUAAUUGUAUUUAAUUAAAUUUUAAACAAUGAAAUAGAAGCUAAUAAGUCGUUGUCUAUGUAAUAAGUGUUCGAAUUAAUAGUAUUUAAGGAUCAUCUAAAUGUUACAAAACAAAAUAUACAAAUGAAUUUAUGUUU